GGGAUGUAGGGGUGUAUGUGAUGAUGAAAACUACUGGGAGACUGGCCGUUGUGUGACCUAUUACAUCAGACAAGCAAGUAGCGAUGUGGUGCAAUGACACGCAAGAUCAUCACCGGCUGUGUCUCGUCUUGAGCCGACGUCAUUCCGGCUGCUCACAACUUCAGAUUUCUGGAGUAGAAGUCGUGAGUGGGAAUACGAAACGAAUUAGAGCAAUUUGGACGAAAAUGUCCUGCGAUGAGCCGGCGCCUGAUAUUGCGGAGCUAGACUGCGAUUCUUCGCGAUCCUGAACUGAAUUGAACUGACGUGCACGCGUAUGACAUGCACGAGCCGCAAUAUUUAGAGUAAAGGGCAGCGGGAGCGUCUCAGUCUCCAGAUGUGCGCGCGAGCACGAGGCAGAGUUAAGGGGGAGAACUGAACGCGAUGCUUGUGCGACAAGCACAAGAGGUUCGGACAGCAGGCCUGUGUAUGGACAUUCGUUUUAAACUGAGGGUUGGACGAGAGCGUGGAUUCUUUUUAUGCGCCCAGGAGGAGUAGAAUACAGCUCAUCGGGUUGUGUGUCCAUGAUUGUGAACUGAUUAGGUAUGAAUGUUCGAGUAAACAGGUGUGCGUCUGUACAAUAGUGUCAAAGUAGGGGCAGGUAGGUAAUGGUCCCAAAUCCCUCUACUGACAAACACUGUGUGACCCUGAGCAAGUCACUUCACCUGCCUGUGCUCCAGUUGGGAGAAACAAAAGAAAUGGAACUAAUCGUAUGUCAAAUGUUGCAAGUCGUUUGGAUUAAGCGGUCAGCAUAAGUAAAUAAUAAAAGGAGUGUCAUUUUAUGGGUUCUCAAAAUAAAGGGGGACUGUUGUCAGGAGGUCUAUAUGAAGGGACACGAGUCAGCAAAUGCGUGUUUUAUAGGGUGAGAAUGGGUGUCCCCCCUUUUCUUUUGACGCCGCUGCAGCCCGAUCUUGUGCAUUCGGACAUGUCGUCACACCCGAUGGACUUGAUCGUUUAUUUCUUCGCUUGGAUUCCUUGGUCUCCCUGGCGCGUGCUGAGUUCGCUGGAGUAGCCCGCAUGUGACCUGCAAAACACCCGAGAUGAGAGGUGGGUGGUGUGCAUGUGUAGGUGUGUGUCUGUAUGUGACCCCACCCCUUCACGGGGCGUGGCGAACCGAGAGCCGUUUUGCAUAAGUAGAGCGGGAGACGACAGCGGCGGCGAUGAUUGUCUCGUAGCGAUGCUGCAAAUGAUGAGACUGCCAGCCAGGAGCAGCUGGACGCUCCUGCGCUGCGCGGACAACAGCGCGGGGUCUCUGGGGAAAGGAAGAAAAGAAGCGCUAACCCUGGCGGACAUGCCAGGACCGAGCCUGCCUGGAUUCAUCUAUGACCUGUUCUGCAGGAAGGGAAUGUCACGUCUGCAUGAGUUACAGCUGGAGGGCAAGGCAAAGUAUGGUCCCAUGUGGAAGGCAAGCUUUGGCCCAAUCUUGACCGUGCACGUGGCAGAGCCCACCCUGAUUGAGCAGGUGUUGCGCCAGGAGGGGCAGCACCCGAUCCGCUCGGACCUGUCUUCAUGGAAGGACUACCGACUAAGCCGUGGCCAUGCCUAUGGGCUGCUCACCGCGGAAGGAGAGGAGUGGCAGUCGAUCCGCAGCAUGCUAGCGAAGCACAUGCUGCGGCCCAAGGAGGUCGAGGCAUACGGAGACACCCUGAACUCAGUGGUCACGGACCUCAUCGGCCGGCUGGAGCACCAGAGGGGCCAAAGCGAUCGCAAAGUGGUGGCUGACGUCGCACACGAGUUUUACAAGUUUGGACUUGAAGGGAUCUCCUCGGUGCUCUUUGAGUCCCGCAUUGGCUGCCUUCAAGUCACUGUCCCCAGGGAGACGGAAGAGUUCAUCCAGGCCAUCAACACCAUGUUUGUCAUGACGCUGGUCACCAUGGCCAUCCCCAAGUGGCUGCAGUGUGUCAUCAGAAAGCCCUGGACAAAGUUCUGCCAGUCCUGGGACAGCAUGUUUGCCUUUGCAAAGAAGCACAUUGACCAGCGCAUGAAGGAGAUCGAGGACAAGCUGUCCAGAGGAGAGACCAUCGAGGGCAAAUACCUGACCUACUUCCUGUCCAAGGAGAACCUGUCCAUGAAGUCCAUCUAUGGGAACAUCACUGAGCUGCUGCUGGCCGGUGUGGACACAAUCUCCAGCACCCUCUCCUGGUCGCUGUACGAACUCUCUCGACACCCCGAGGUCCAGAGCCGCCUCUACCAGGAGAUCCAGGAGGUCCUACAGGGUCGAGCGCUGCCUUCGGCCGCCGACGUGGGCAGGAUGCCCCUCAUGAAGGCCGUUGUGAAGGAGGUGCUCAGGUUGUACCCCGUGAUUCCCGGAAACGCGCGCGUCGUCGCCGACAAGGACAUUCUGGUUGGAGGCUACGUCAUCCCCAAAAAGACGCUCAUCACGCUCUGCCACUACGCCACGUCCCGGGACCCCGAGGUCUUCCCCGAGCCGGACAGCUUCCAGCCCGAGCGCUGGCUGACCCGAGACGAGAGCCGCCAUCCGUACGCCUCCAUCCCUUUUGGCUUCGGCAAGCGCAGCUGCAUCGGGAGGCGCAUCGCUGAGCUUGAGGUCUACCUGGCGCUGGCACGGAUCCUGUGCCGUUUCGAAGUCAAGCCAGACACAGAGGGCUGCGUGGUCCGGCCGAUGACCAGGACCCUGCUGGUGCCAGACAGACAGAUUGACCUGCAGUUCACUGACCGAUGACCGAGGUGUGGAGGGAGGGGGGUCUUUUUCUCUUUCAUCCUGGGACGAACUUGGACGACUUACCUGCUGACUACUCUGCCCUUUCAUGACUUCCAACAGCCCACCUGAAAAGCUGAUCCCAGUGGUAAUGCUGCCUGGGAGGGAGGGGGUCCAGCCCCACCCCCAUAGAAGCCCACCCAACCAAGCUGGAGACCUGACACCAAGCAUAUUGGUUUUGGGGUUCCUUGUCCGAUAUUUAUUAACGUUUUAUUUAAGUUGCUCUUUUAUUUAUUUAUUUUAUUACAAAGCCAGCGAUUGGCUCGUGUUCUCUCUGUGGUGCACUUUGACCUGUGGAAUGUGAAUAAAACGCUUUGUUGACCUCA